AUGAAAAAUUUCAAUCAAAAUGGCAGCAUAUGGAAUAGUCGCAAAUCAUCAAAGCGAUGUGCAUUUGGUUUUACAUAUCUUGAAAUUGGACUUCUUGUGCUUUCAUCUCUUUUAUUGUUGUUAUUAAUUGGUAUCUCAGCAUUAUGGUUUUUCGUAUAUCAAGGUUCUUUAUCAUUUCCAAGUAAUGUAAAACGUGAACUAUUCGAAGAAGCUAAUAUGCUAUCAGUUGGUAUUGAUGAAAGCGCAUUAUAUCACAAUGGUUAUGUUGACCCUUGUAAUGACUUCUAUGAAUAUGCAUGUGGUAAUUACCCAAUCAAUCGACAUUUACCACCUAAUAAAGCUGUUCGACAUACCUUAAGCGAUAUGCAAAAUCGUCUAAACAAGCAAAUCAGAGAGCUAUUAAGGGCUCCAGUAACCGAUGAUGAUAAACCGUGGAAUCGUCUUGCAAAGCAAUAUUAUCAGAAAUGUCUUAAUGAAGAAGAAUUAAAAGCUACGGGUGUUUCAUCGAUGCUGAAAUUGCUUCGGGAUUUAGGUGGAUGGCCAGUUGUAGAAGGUCGAACUUGGAAACCCUGGAAUAAUGGCUGGGAAAAGCAAUUGGCACAUAUUAUGAAUAGAGCAGGUGUCAAUGCGAUUAUUCUGGAACUGGGUGUAACACAUGAUCCAAUAAAUAGUUCCAGGUUUAUUAUUGAGAUCGAUCAGCCAAAAUGGGGAGUGGGCUCGAGAUGGCCAUAUCUAGCAGGAAUCCAUGGUCAUGCCAUCCAGAAUUAUGUAUCAUUAAUGAUACAGACAGCUGUUAAUAUAGGAGCUGAUCUAAUGUAUGCCAAACAUGACAUGAUAAAAGCAGUUGAAUUUGAAUUACAAUUAGUGAAUUUCUCGACCGACGAAAUGAUUCGACGUAAUCCGGAACGUAGUAAUAAUCGAUUUCAGCUCUGGCAAUUAAGCAACCUCUUUCCACACAUCGAUCUAGUAACAUAUAUCUAUACGAUAUUCAAUGAUUUAGAGAAGAUUAGUCCAAACGAUACAGUAGUCAUACAUGAACCGGAAUAUCUCCGUCGAAUUCAGGAAGUGAUGCAACGAUCCAAUAAACGAACCAUUGCUAAUUAUAUGUUAUGGCGAGUAAUUCAGGGAUAUUCACCAUUUCUGCCACCCGUAAUGCGAGAACCAUUUUAUGCUUUUAAAGCUAAUCAAACUGGCAUUCCGAGUACUUCAGUUCCGGAUAGAUGGGAAGAUUGCGUCUUUCUGGCAACAAUAAUAAUCGAUAUGCCCGUUGGAAGGCUUUAUGUUGCAAAUCAUUUUGACCAUUUAAGAGCUAUGAAAAAAAUGAAUGAUUUAACAAAGCAUUUUAAAAAUGAAUUAAUCAAGCAAUUGAAAGCAGUCGAUUGGAUGGAGGAAGAAACACGACAACGAGCGAUAAUUAAAGCACAACGUAUUAAUUACAAAAGUGGAUUUCCUCCUUAUAUCUUCAAUGAAAGUUAUAUGGAGAAAAAUUGGGAUUUGCCUGAAACUACAAAUAAUGAAUCACUGCUUGAAUUUACGAUACGUAUAAAACGUGUACACAUUAACAAUGAGCUAAUGCGAUUGAAGAAAGUCGUGGAUACAUCAAUUUGGAUUCAAAGUCCAGCUCAAGUUGAUGCCUAUUAUGUUCCAAAUUUAAAUGAAAUGAUAUUUCCGGCUGGUAUAAUGCAAUUUCCGUUUAUGUCACCCGGUGUACCAAAUUAUAUAACUUAUGCGAUGGUUGGCGCUGUUAUUGGACAUGAAGUGUCACAUGCUUUCGAUGAUCAGGGUGGCCGUUUUGAUGAAUACGGUAAUUUACACAAUUGGUGGGAUGCAGAAACAGCACGUAAAUUUUACGAGAAAACCGAGUGCUUCAUUGAACAAUAUAAUGAAGUGAAAGUGGAUGAAGCUGGCAUACAUUUAAAUGGACAAUUAUCGGUUGGAGAAAAUAUUGCUGAUAAUGCUGGCGUGAAGACAGCGCUAAUUGCCUAUAUGUCAUGGGUUAAAGAAAACUUUCGACAAGAAGCAGCACUGCCAGGCUUUCAAAAUAUGACCAGUCUACAAAUGUUUUUCAUUGCUUAUGCAAAUAAUUGGUGCUCAUUGAUAAAACCAAAGCAUUACUUGCAAAUUAUAAUGGGGGAUGUGCAUGCACCAAGCAAGUAUCGUGCCAUAAUACCACUUCAGAAUCGUCCUGAAUUUUCGGAAGCAUUCCAUUGUCCCAAAGGUUCUCCAAUGAAUCCGGUGAAAAAAUGUUCAAUUUGGUGA